UAGCGAUAAUUACGAUGGAUUAUAUACCUGGUUGCCGUGAACUCAUUAGAGAGCUUAAGCAAGCGGCGUUUUUGUUUCACGGACGUCAACCGGAAAUGAAUGUGCCGUAUUUUAUGGCGUGAGCAGUCCGUGGAGCGAGGUCACAGACGGCAAAUGAACAAGUUUGAGGGCGGUGAUUUUGUGUCAAAUACCUUAAAGCAGAAUAAUAAUGAUAUCAGAGGGAAAACCCCUAGAAACGGAAGUUGGAGUUCAAGGACAAAUCGGACAAAUCAACUCUCCUAUGGAAUGGAAGACCCUUCUUUUAAGAAAACACUCUCAAAGCGUUCCGUUCAAGAUCGUUGCACUCUAUUGUGCGAAAAACACAAGAAGAGAAUUGCAUACGAGAUGAAGGCUACUGGGAUAUCACCAAAAUUAACGGAGUUGGAUAGUUUGAUCGAGGAAACUUUGGAAAAAGAGGAGGCGAGCGAAGAGUUGAGAGCAUCACAAAGUGAAGUACAGAAAAAAAAAGUUGAGGAAGAUCAGAAAAAUGCUGUGGACAUUCGAAAGAAAGCAAUGGAAAAGUUUGGAGAGACCAAAAAGAGAAAAAUUGAUGAGGGAGAAAUUGAAGAGAAGAAGAGAAGGCGUAGAAGAUCUGGCUCUGAUACAUUACAGUUCAUACGGGAACAGUCAGAAAAUGAAAUGAAAAUAAGGGAGAGGGAACUGGAAUUGGAAAAGGAGAAACAGAACAGGGAGCAGGAGAAGCACAACGAAUUUAAAGAGAUGAUGGCUCAGCAAAUGGCUCAACAGCAACAGCAAAUGGCCCAGUUCCAAAUGAUGUUUAUGCAGCAAAACAAUUUAAUGCUGUCAAUUCUUGAGAAGAAGUCAUCAUAA